AUGUCUUCAAUUGAUAAUAAUCAUAAUGAUAAUGAUGAUGCAGUUUAUAGUUGUUUUUUCUAUGAAUCUUCAAAUUCAAAUAUUAUUAACAAAAAUUUUAAUGCAAAUUCUGCCAUUUUGAAGGGAUAUAAACGUGUCAGAGUACGCUAUGCAACAUAUCCUGCAAUAUUUAAAACUAAUGAUGAUCAUGACGAGCAAUAUACCAGAAAAAAUGUUAAUGUUUAUCUUAAAAAAAUUGAAACCAUAGCAACAUUAGAAGAAACCGAAAGAAUGGUAUCUGCACAAUCAUAUGUAUGGAGUGAUUCUUUAGAUUUUUUAGAAAUUGAUAAAGAAUGGAAUCCACUAGAUUUUGGAAUUUCAUUAAAUAAUUGGACUAAAAAAGAUUUUGAUGAAUUAAAACAAAUUCUUGUACUUUCACUUUUGGAUCCUUUGGACCAAUCUAUACCCAAGGGUCCAGUGACAGCUCAUGAGUAUUGUGAAAGGUACACACUGAUUGGUCUAUUAUCCAUCAAGACAGCAUCUGCAGAAGUGGAAGCAGAAAAUCCUCAUAUUAAAGGAGUUCUUGAUAGAAUGUCAAACAAAGUAUGGAGUUCUUCCAAGUGGUUGAAAUUUUCAGCAAUACAUGAAUUUCAAAAUUUACAUGGAUUUGUUAAUGGUCAUUUCUAUGGGUCAUUACAAUUAACCUGA